AUGGUAUCCUGCACAGGUUCCUCUCAGAAGAUGGCUAUAGAUCUCGUCAACAUCCUCGACCAUAUCCCUGACCACUCUGGCUCCAAGUCUAUACACCCAGUCUUGUACCUUUCCGCGGCCGCGGGUCUAAGACUUGAGCCCCAUCCCAGUACCACACCGUUGUCGAGCCAUGAUCCGCACAUGUGGCCAGAAACCCAAGAAGCUACGACUUCCAUCCAUACGGAUGGUGGCCCUUCAAUCAAACGCAACAGACCCGACUCAGCGCAAGAUCAUCACGCCGCGACACUCGAGCUGAACUCGAGCGUGUCGAGAGCGAGAAUCGUCACACGCAGGCGUCUCAGUGCUCUUGAGCGUCCUCUGGCCCACAAGGCUCGCAACAACAUGCUGCGGGUCGUUGACACUAUAUGGCAUGAGUAUGACAUCUCACCGCCUGCCUCCGCUGUCCACUGGCUGGAUAUCACGAGGAAGCAUGGGCUCAGCAUCACGCUGUGGUAA